CAUUGGCCACACAGAUAAGUCCCGUGAAGAAGAUCAAAGUUCCCGAGUUGACAACAGAGAUAUCAAUUAAUGAUUUCGCCUGUGACUUCUCUGAACCAUAGGAUGGUGCGCGACCAGCAACACCAGGGGCGCACGCGGAAACGAAUACCAUUGGAAGCCAGUCAAUUAAACAGGAAUCCCCUGUAAAAGAUCGCAUCCAACAGUUCGAAAGUUUGGAAACAGGCCCAUUAGAUAAUAAUUCAACUCCGAGUUACUACGAUGUCAACCCGAAUAUUUCUCCUAAUAAACAAAAAGCCGAUGUUAGUCAAAUAGAACCUCAAGCUAAUCGGCACUCGCUUAGACAACGAAAAGCAAGGUUGUGGCGACGAAUCUCAAAUACGUUUACUCGAUCGAUCGACGGAGGGAAUAUCAAUAGUAAUGACAGGAAUCAAUGUGGUUCGGGCCGGGAUAAUAAUGAUAUUAAUAAUGACCCAUCAUCCUCGAUACGCCGUCGACCUCGAUAUUGUCGUUCAAAUCUCCUUGGUUAUCAUCUGUACCGCACAUCUGAAGUAAUUCAGUCAUCGACUGAUUCGGUUUAUACCAGAUCAAACAUCAAUAUCAAUGAAAAGUUAAUUGAGAGGCUCGAGAACCAGCAUCCAUAUAUAGCUUAUAGGCGAUCACCGUCCAGUUAUCUAUCAAUGCGCAAAACGUUUCCUUUCUUAGCUCGUAUGUCGGAUGAUCUGGGCUGCUCGGAUGAAUUCGACGAUUUUGGACUCGACGGUUCCGUGUUGUCCAAGGCUAUUCAUCGGCGGGAUAAGUCAUCUGCUGGACAAACCUCACAAGGCCUAUCUUCGCCUGUAUCUUAUAGCGAUUCUAACGCCGUAUCGAGUACCACGUCCAAACAGACAACGGCAGAGCGCAAGCGUCGCCGCUUAGAAGAGAAAGAGCUCCGAAAAGAACAGAGACAGAAAAAUAAAGAAAAGGCGAUGGAAAAGGGUAAAGGAAAAGAGGCAGCAGUAGACGACAACCAGGGAGCGGGUAGUGCACAAGAUAGGGAGAAGGGCAAGGAUACCGAAGGCAAGAAGAAAGAAAGUAGUUGGAGCAAAAAAACGGCCUCUGGGUUUAUGGUUAGGCAAAUCCACGAUAUCAAGCUAAAGCAUCCGAAGCCGAGGAGACCAGGUCAAAUAAAAAAGAUUGUUAACAUGUACAAAGACAAGUCCACCAGCGGGAUCAGACUCGGCAAGGGGAGCGGCGUUAGCUCUGGGUCAGGUACUGCAGGUAUCGCAGGCGCAUCAAGCAACUGAACCAGCGGACUUUAUUGUAUUGGGCAUGGGCGUAAAGAUUAGAAGCGGCAAGCAGAUAGUAUUAGUUAUUAGAUUGUAGACUCGGGAC